AUGUUUAUGCGAUAUCCUGAAAACCGCUGGAGUACAGCCCAAAUCUUGGAUUUCAUAUCCCAAAAAUUGCGUAACGGGCAAGUCCUCUUGGUCGCGGCAGCGGCACCGUAUUGGAUAAUGGAGGGGAGAAAUAAUCGCAAGAGAAAAACGUCGUCGCCACCGGCCAUAACAAAUCCGGUGUCCAUGGGCUCGGACGACGAGAUGACUACCGAGCGACUUACGCAGACGGGCCCGAGACUACCCAGCAACGAUUCAGUGCCCGCGCCUACGACACCUAGACCUCCGCCGUCUCUUUUUGGCCUGACGUCACAUAAACCUAUAACGCCUUUCAACCGUGCCGACCCUGCUUUCAACGUAUCUACUUUUCAGUUACACUUGUGCCUUGUAUGCAGUUAUCAUGGCCAGAACAUCAGUAUGACACGAUGCAUUGGGACUUGGUCCCUCCCUAUUCCAGUGGAAGCAGAAGCAGAAGCAGAAACAAGUGACGGACAGUGCUUUAGUGAAGAGAAUUUAAAGCAUAGAGUCGUCUCCCGAGGAUUGGAAGAAAAGAAGACCUCGGCGAAGCAUAUCAGAGACUACAGGAAUUUCUUGAUGACAUGCAACCUGAAACCAACUCCGCCAAGAGAAUCCGCAAUGAGGAAGGCUCGGAAGUACGAAUACCGUGAGCCAGGUCCGGCAGACCUCGACUUGAAUCAUACCGAGCCAGAGGCUAGGAGACUGGAUGAGGAACAUAUCACCGCUGGAACCAGCUGGAUUCGAUAA